AUGGAAAAUGCUGUGAAAACGAAGCCUACUACUUUAGAAGAAUUAAAACGAAAUCGCGAGAAAUUACAAUUUCGUAAAACUCGUUUUGAAAAUUUUGAAAAGCGAAACAAAGCCAAAAAUGGCAGUCCAGAUCUUAGUAAUAAGUCUCUCUCUCAAUGCGAGAACUCCGCAUAUAGAUCUGACACACUUUCGGUGCGAUCGUCCACUGCCUUAGUUAAUCGAUUCACUGUUGCUACUGCCAGCUCAAGAGAGCCGUCUUGUACGGUUUAUGAGAAACUUAUAUUGGACUAUCUUACGAAAGGUCUACAUAAUGUCAGCUCUUUACCAUUAGAUUCUUAUGACCUACUUAAAAGACUUGCUGUGUGGCAAAGUGAUUUCCGUGUUCCUUUUACACAGACGUCUUUAAAAAAUCUCGAGACUGCACUUAAGGCUUUAUCAAAUACAUGGGGUCCUAAGGCUAUAUCUGUGAAAGAAAAAAAAAUUAAUGGGAGUAAGAGAUUAAUAGUGGAAGAGGUUGAUUCUCGAAAGUUGAAUGCAGUCAAAGUUAUUGAAAGUGCUUUAGAUUCGAACGAUCCUUCAUCGUUAGAAAAGUCGUUACAAUUGACCACUUACACAAACGAUAACAGUAAAAAGCGCAAAAUUGAUCGUAUACUAGAUGACGACGACGAUGAUGCGUCAAAAGAAAUAAAUGAACUUCUUGCAAAACCAUCAUUUAAAGAAUUAGAAGAGAAUGGUCCGUUGCAUAAUCUAUGUGUAAUGUUGAAUAAAAAAUCUUCUCAAGACAAGUUAAUAAUCGAUAUGUUUCGAUCGACAAAUAACUCGUUCCGGGAGUUUUGUGUUUAUGGUACGAAAGCUGAUUGUAAAAAACGUCGGAAAACAACUAGAACUUGUAAAAUGCUUCAUUUCCGCCCAAUGUUGCGGCACCAUACAGAUUUGGAACUAGGUGAUUGUUCAUAUCUCAACACCUGUCAUCGGAUGGACACUUGCAAGUACGUACACUAUGAACUGGAUGAAGAAGAUGAAAAAUGGACAUAUAUUCAACGAAAACAAAUACCACCUGCUGUGGUGUUCGUUCCACCAACAAAAGUGCUUCCUCCUCAAUGGAUCAACUGCGACGUACGGAAGUUUGACUUUUCAAUUCUCGGAAAGUUUACUGUUAUAAUGGCUGAUCCACCAUGGGAUAUUCAUAUGACGCUCCCCUACGGUACUAUGACUGACGAUGAAAUGAAAGCUAUGGAAAUUUCUACAUUACAGGAUGAAGGAUUAUUGUUUUUAUGGGUUACUGGAAGAGCAAUGGAACUAGGAAGAGAAUGUUUGAAUAUUUGGGGUUAUGAUCGUGCAGAUGAACUUGUAUGGAUCAAAACCAAUCAAUUACAGAGACUUAUUCGGACUGGACGAACAGGACAUUGGCUAAAUCACAGCAAAGAACAUUGUUUAGUUGGAAUUAAAGGUAAUCCUGAAGAUUUAAAUUUGGGACUAGAUUGCGAUGUUUUAGUUGGAGAGGUUAGAGAAACAAGUCGUAAGCCAGAUGAAAUCUACGGAUUAAUUGAUCGUUUGGCACCUGGUACACGUAAAUUAGAAAUAUUUGGCCGUCAACACAAUACGCGCCCUGGAUGGAUGACCCUUGGCAAUCAAUUAGAUGACGUUCGAAUAUAUGAGCCAGAAUUAGUCAUGCGGUAUAAUGCAAGAUAUCCAGAGAAGCCUU